AAAGAAGAGGCAGAAGCAAGUCGAAGCCCCUUAGAAUUAACACUUCGAUCCGCUGUUGCGCAGUGGAUUGUCUGGAGGCUGAGCUAUCCCUUCCUGCUUCCCGAGAGACCAUGCCUGCCAGAUUUGGGGGCUUGGUGACUGCCCGUUUGCUUUCGCUACUGCUGCUCCCCCAGGUCCACCUCCACAGAACUACGGGCCCCCGGUUUUUAAUAAGCGACCACGACCAAGAUCCUCAGUGUAACCUUCAGUGCUCCAGAUCUGCUGUCAAGCCUCUCUGCGCUUCCGAUGGCAGGACCUAUGAAUCAAUGUGUGAUUAUCAGAGAGCAAAGUGCAAGGAUUCCAGUCUGAAUGUGGCACAUCGAGGCAGGUGUAAAGGGCUGCAAGCUAAUGGGCCACAGAAACAACUCUCAUUUUCAGAUCAAAUUAACGAUGUCCAGUGCCACACCUACACUGGAUAUUGCUGGUGUGUCACUCCAGAUGGCAAGCCUAUCAGUGGUUCUUCUGUGCAGAACAAAACUCCUGUAUGCUCAGGCUCAGUAACUGACCGGCCAUUAGGACAGGGUAAUUCUGGAAGAAAAGAUGAUGGUUCAAAACCAACACCCACCAUGGAAACACAGCCAGUUUUGGAUGGAGAAGAAAUUACAGCCCCUACACUUUGGAUUAAACACUUGGUCAUCAAAGAUUCCAAACUGAACAGCUCUAGUAUGAAAAAUUCAGAGAAAAUUAAUUCAUGUGACCAAGAAAGGCAGAGUGCACUUGAGGAAGCCAAGCAGAAUCCGCGUGAAGGAAUUGUUAUCCCUGAAUGUGCCCCUGGAGGACUGUACAAACCGGUGCAGUGUCAUCAGUCCACUGGCUAUUGCUGGUGUGUUCUGGUAGACACAGGUCGCCCCCUACCUGGCACUUCCACCCGAUAUGAGACCCCUGUAUGUGAAAGUGGUGCUCGAUCCAGAAGUCCAGAAAUUGACGAUCCUUUCAAAGACCGAGAACUUCCAGGUUGCCCAGAAGGAAAAAAAGUAGAAUUUAUUACCAGUUUACUGGAUGCUCUCACCACAGAUAUGGUACAGGCUAUUAACUCAGCAGCACCUGCCGGAGGUGGAAGGUUCUCUGAGCCUGAUCCCAGCCAUACCCUGGAAGAGCGGGUGGUACAUUGGUACUUCAGUCAGCUGGACAGCAAUAACAGCAGCGACAUCAACAAAAGGGAGAUGAAACCCUUCAAGCGCUACCUGAAGAAGAAAGCCAAGCCCAAGAAAUGUUCACGACGCUUCACUGACUACUGUGAUCUCAACAAAGACAAGUCCAUCUCGCUACAGGAAUUGAAAGGCUGUUUGGGGGUCAGGAAGGAAGAAGGUAGCAUUGGCAGCUUCCCUCAUGGAAAAAGGCAAGGAGUUAAUCCUUUCGUAGGACGUCUUGUUUAAGAGGAUAUGCCAUGGAUGGAUGAAUGGAAGGAUAGGAUGCAUGGCCAUCUGAAAACAUGUGGGACUGGCAACACCCAGUAUAGCAGAAGUGACAGUCACAACAU